UUUUUUGGGAAUGCGUGGGAAGAAAAUUGGGAAGGAUAGGAUGUUUGUUUGAAUAACGUAUCCAAGUAUCAAUUGAUGGAUCAGAUUGUGAUAAUUUUCAUUCCAUACAUUGAAUAUGUUUGACGUACCUUUUCUGAACGUGUGUUGGGAACGGUGAAAGUGUUGGCUCUCAUUAUCAGUUUUUUUCAUAUUUAUUAAAGAAUAUUGAAACUCCGAGUGAAAGCUGUCCGUACGUUUUCCCAGCCCAUAGAUUGUAUUGGUCUGGGCUACGAGAAAAUAUUUGUUGAAGCCAUUUGUUACCUAAGUAUCUAUUACCACGGCUAACUCAACGAAGAAGUCAUCGCGUAAGAUGGCGAUAGUGGAGCAGGAAGCCCUGAAGGGAUGGAGAAAAGGGAUGCCGAUGGCUGGAAACUGUCAACUGCUUAACACCUUAAUUAUAUGAGUAUGGUUCUAAGCUUUAGAGUAUCAGAGCUUCAGAUGCUUUUAGGCUUUGCGGGCAGAAAUAAAUCUGGGAGGAAGACUGAGUUACAAGCAAGAGCUGUGGAACUGCUAAAGCUCCGUUCAACACCUGUAACAAUGAAGAUUAAGGAGCUCUAUAAGUCUAUCCAACAGAGUCAUGCUAGUGCUGCAGCUUUAGCUUUACAACAACCAUCACCAGCACCAGGGAAAGACCUUCCAAGUGUCCAUAGUACUAACAUGCAGCAGCAACCACAACAGCAGCAACAGCAGCCUCAGCAGCAGCAACAACGCAGUAAUGUCUAUCAGCCAUCAGGUUACAUCGUCCAAGCACCAGACAGGCCACUACCGCCGCCAAGAAACAGCAUGUAUGCCAGUAUGUACCACCAUAACAUGUACCCGCCAAAGGCAUCACCACCAGCAGCAGCUCCUGCAGCCAGUAAUUUUCCAGUUCAUCCAGAUGUGAGAUUAAAAAAGCUCCCAUUCUUUGAUUUGCUUGGUGAACUGCUGAAACCAUCUAGUUUAGUUCCUCAAGGUUCACAAAGGUUACAGGAAAAUAAUUACGUUUUCCAUCUCACACCACAACAAGCUACUGAUGUUGCAACUUACAGAGAUGUUCGCCCCAACACAAAAGUCGACUAUGUUAUUCAGGUUCAGAUGAGGUUCUGUUUGUUAGAAACCUCAUGUGAACAGGAUGACUUCUUCCCUCCAGGACUUUCUGUGAAGGUGAAUGGACGAAUGUGUCCCUUACCUAACCCAAUACCAACAAAUAAGCCUGGUGUUGAACCAAAGAGACCGCCAAAGCCUGUGAAUAUUACUCCUAUGGUGAAACUAAGCCCCACAGUUCCAAAUACAAUAAACGUCACUUGGAAUUCGGAUUUUGGACGGGGUUAUGUGAUAGCUGUGUACUUAGUACGGAAACUGUCAUCAUCGGAACUGCUUCAGAGGCUAAAAGCCAGAGGGAUAAGGCAUUCUGAUUUUACCAGAGGGCUCAUUAAAGAAAAACUGAGUGAGGAUGCAGAUUGUGAAAUAGCAACUACAUCACUGAGAGUUUCUUUAGUUUGCCCAUUGGGGAAAAUGCGAAUGACGACCCCUUGUAGAGCAUCAACGUGUUUCCACUUACAAUGUUUUGAUGCUUCUCUGUAUCUUCAGAUGAAUGAAAGAAAACCUACAUGGAUGUGCCCAGUUUGUGACAAACCAGCUCUCUAUGAUACACUUGUAAUUGAUGGGUACUUCCAGCAAGUUCUGGCUUCUCCAAAAUUGCCUAUUGACAGCAAUGAGAUUCAGCUACAUCAGGAUGGUUCUUGGUCUUCGCUAAUUGUUAAAAAUGAACAGACCAGGGUGCUUUCUCCUAUUCCUGAUGUGACAUCAAGGAGUGAAAGUGAGGAUUUAGUGGUGGUAUCAGACAAGGAUCCAGAUGAGCCAACUAAAAGUGAGAAAGCAGACAAGCCAGAAAAAGCAGAAGUUAUAGACUUGACACUAAGUGAUUCUGAUGAUGAUACAAGUAGUGCAACAAAAGACAAAAGCUCUAAAGAUUCAUCUCAACAGUUAAUGAAGACAUCAGAUUCAUCUUGUGUUAGUAGUACUGUGAACAGCAGCUCAGCACCCGUUGGCAGCUUCAACGCAGUAAGCAGCUCUGGCUACAUGAGCCCAAGUGUUAUCACUUUGGACAGUCCAUCCCCACCAGACACACGGACAUCUACUCCAGAUCCCCGUUUAAGUGGGGGACAACCCACAAGUACAGCUGCCAAUCCUGUUACUCCAUUGAGGAUGGCUCCACCAUCUUUUCCAAGCUCUUUGUUCAUUGCAGGAAUGCCAACAAUGUUGGAAUUAGAUUCAGAAUCAAGUAGCCCACAACCUGGUGUACCAACAACCAUGUUCUCUGCUCCAUAUUAAAAAGAAAUGAAUUAAGUGUAUAUUUUGUCUUUAUGUGUGUACGUGUGUUCGUGUAUAUACACCUUUGAGAACAGGAGUGAGGUACUCUUUAUUUUGUACAAGUGGUUCAUUGUGCUGGGAGUGAACUACAGAAAAGCAUCUCUUUAAAGUAUUACUUGUAAUGUUUACAUGUCAUUGUGAUCUAGGCAAUCCACUAUUUUCUUUCUUUUCCUUUAUUCUCUUUAAUUUCUAAUUAGCCUUUGUCAUUUUGAAUUCAGACAUUGUGCUUACUGCAGUGUAAAUAUUAUUUAUUAGUAGAUGGUGUAAUUUAAAAUUUGUAAAAAGAAAAGUAAUUAAUGUAAUUAAAGUUGCACUUGCAGUUUUACAAUUUGGUCUGUGCAUUAUAGAAAUGUUUUUCAUGAGACACUGCCAGAAAAUUCUUUUAUAAAGAACUUGUGUGCGAGUUCAAAUUCAUAGCGUUUAAUUUCUUAUUUUUACUUCAGAACUUUUGGGGUUAAUGUUUUUGUACCUACUAUAUUUUGAAACAUCUUUAAAUUAAGCAAUGUGUUAUUAAAUCUUUUUUUCCCCCUCCUGUGUAUUACAAGUGGAGUAGGAACAAAUUUGGGACUGUGAUAUAUAUAGAGUUACAUAUACUGUACAUUAAUUCCUAAUAAAGAAGUUUGAAGCAGGUGUGCUUCCCUACAAAUAACCUUUCAUUCUAUGGCACAGAGGCUAUUAAUAUGUGGUGUUCAUACCAUGUAAAUAUAAUUUGGUGUAUACCUUCUUUUAACGUUGAUACUGAUGGCAAGUUCCUUGGAGGAUGUUGAGACAUUUCUGUUGUAAAAAUCAUUCUGAAGGUAGGAUGGUUAUUUCAUGCAAACCAAGUUUUACCAAUUAAACACCCAAAAGUAUUUAAAGCACCAGCAGAGUUAUUAUUUUGUUCUCAGUCUUCAGAUGAAAUGAGAUACCUUUGUGAUAAAGUCUAAAUGAGUUGUGAUGUAUAAGGUUGAAAUGUGUAAAGUUGUAAGACUGUUUAAUGAAUGCAAAAUGUUGCUGGAAAACCAGUGUGUUUGUGUACUUGCACACUUGUACAGUUUCUCUUGUAUGUGAUGUCCUCUUCAGUGUGACUAAUAUUUCCACUUGUAAUCUCUCUUCUUUGAUAUUGGAUAUAUAAUAAUUUAUGUUGACCAAAAUGUGAAUUAAAUUAUGACUGCACAUGUGAAA